ACAACUUCCCCUUCCUUCACCUCCAAUCCAACCAACCAACCCAACCAACCAACCAACCAACCAACCAAACCCACUACAUCCAGUCCCCUCAAACCAACCAACCCCCAAACCCAACCUUCAAAAUGCGCCUCACCACAUGCACCCUCCUCACCACCCUCCUCACCACCCUAACCAUCGCCGCCCCUGCCCCUGCCCCUGCCCCAGCUCCUGCCCCCGCUCCCGAGGCCGCCCUCGAACCGCGCGCCCAAGACCUCAUCGACCUCUGGAAGAACAAAAACUUCCUCGACCUCAAAUUCACCGGCUCCGCCAACCCAGGCGACUGCAAGAACCUGCCUUCCAACUUCAACGACAUUGCGUCUUCGGGCAAAGCCAAGGCCGGGUUCCGGUGCACGAUCUGGGUCGAUGCGAACUGCAGGGGUACGGGCUUCAGUUUUAACCAGAACCCUGGGUCGGCGAGUUUCCCGGAUUGGAUCAAUGAUAAGGCGAGUAGUUGGAAGUGUGUGAGGGAUUAAGUAAGGUAGGUAGUUGGGUUCUGGGUGGGCUGGGUGGGGAUUGAGUGUUGGGUGUUGGGUGUUCUGCUUGGGAGGAGACGCGAUCGCUAGGAUGUUGUAGCUGUGAUGGAGUGGAGAUUGAGGAGGUGAGGAGGGGAUGAGGGAGUGGGAAGAGGGAAGGGGAAGGGGAAGAGGGAAGGGGAAGGGAAAAGGAGAGGAUGAGAGUUGGAUUGGGGAGGAGGAAGUUGACAUUGGGUACUUACUGAGUACACAGGUCGGAGUGUUGAAGUCUGGUAUCGGAUUGAAGAAGGGAAAAAGAAGCAUUGUUCUUUUGCCCUAUCCUGUCUUGUUCUGUCCUGUUCUUGCUUUCCUGUUUGUUUUUGCCUCAGUUUGUACUUGCUUCCACUUUCGAUAAAAGGCCUUUUACACACCUCCAGUUCACCUCGGAAGAUUUUGUGCAAUGAAAUGUUGCAAACAGAACGCGGCAGUGUAAACAGUUGGAAGAACAUCAUUUAUCAGACCAAUUCCGGGGAACCAAAAGAUCCUGUCAUUGAAACAAACAAUAGUAGUCUAUGGGGUAUCAG